AUGGUGACAAAGUUUGGUAGAACUUUUAAGAAUAUUCAUCCUAUUUCUGAAUCUGAGGUCGCUAUAGGCGAUUGGUUGGUGGUAGCGUAUGAUUUCGAACUGAGCAAAUCGUCUCAAGGUAAUGGGAAUCAUUAUUUCAUUGGUCAAAUUACAGGAAUAAAGGAAAGGGGCUAUUUCGAAGGAAAAUUUGUAAGACCCAAAACAACGAAAAACUAUUGCGACUAUAUUUACAACUUCCCGGAUGUUCCAGAUGUGGACACUUUCCACUUCGAGAAGGUGGUUGGGAAAGUUUCUCCACCAGAAAACUAUCUUAGAGGCCUUCUGAAGUUCGCCCUCAAUUCUAAAGACCUAGAACAUUAG